GUCGACGCCACACCCCGUUGUUCCAAUUUGACACACGCACCAUCGAUGAAAGCAGGUUUGUUUCUUGGCCUUGGCGCGGUCCAUGCUACGCGUGGCGAGUCGACUGCUGGCUUGACUGACGGGCGAUCGGUUGGUGGACCGACCGCCAUCACCCAGCCCAGGUGCUUUCCCUUGGAUCAUUGUACGUUCGGGCCAAAAUCGAUCCUGUACGUCCCGCGCAAUCCAAUCUAUGCGGUCCCCAAGCAGUGCGCUGCCUCAGCACCCGUCAAUAUCACGGCCACGUCUGCGCUGAAUCGACGCGAUAUCACGCUGUCGACAUCGUCGAACGUUCCACUUCUGUUCGACUCGAUCGCGUACGCAGACAUCGAGGCCCAUGGCACGUCCUUCGCAACAUUUCAGUUGGACUUGCAAACAACCCUCGACAAGCACACCACCAACAACGCCGUCGCCCCGGGGGUGUUUCGCCUCGACGCGUCGUAUUUUGUAUGCAAAGACGUGGGUCAGCUCCACCGCGCAGCGCCGCUCCAGUGCCAAGCCACGACGUGCAUUGCGUACCCGGAUACGUGGCCGCCCAAGCCGCUGGAGCGGUGCCCGUCGUACGUGUCCGUGAACAACGUCACGUACGAUGCAACGGCAUUCUACUCGCACUUGAAAGAUCCGUUUGAGGAACUCAAGUGGAGCGCUGUGGUGGAUGCAUUUGAAAAGUGGGGCCACCGCGUGGAGAAUUUUCCGUGCGUGGCAGGGCAAGUCGCUACGUCGCGUUGCGAUUCGUUUACCGUCCAGACCAAGCGGUUGGGGCGACACACCACGGUGGACAUGGUGCGUGGCAACGACGAUGACAAAGUCAGGGUGCUGCGGGAGCUGGACGCCCCCACCGCCGUCGAGUUGAACGAGCUCAAAGCGGUGGCCGACACCAUGGAUUUGACUCUCGACCGACCGAUUCCAGACCCUGCCGCCGUCUGUACCAAGUGUGUGCACACGACCCGCGUGCUGAAGGAAUGGGUGCACCCUGCGUCCUGCGCCAGCCCUCUCGAUUCGACGCCGCAGUGCCGAGGCACCGACGCUUGUACGCUGAACCACUGCGUGACGUUUGUGCCAAUGGAUCUCUUCUCCGCGUCGCUGGAAGCAACGCCGCAUGCACUGGAGACAACCGAGAGGGCCAAGCGGAGCUGGAUUCCGCCCUACUUGAAGGACGAAGUGGUUUACCACGCUGCGUCGGACACGAUUCGGCUCGUGUGGACGGCGGAUGUCGACGUUGUCAUGUUGAACGUGGAGAGCCUCGUGCAGGUGGCCACCCCCGAUGGCGACUGGGUCAAGUCCCAAGUUACAUGGACAGUACAGCGCCCGAAUGGCCGCCCGAUCUUUCAGCGGUGGACUCCGCUUCAGGACAGCCGCGUUGCGAUUCCGACAACGCAGAGGCAAAAGCCCCCCACGGUCGUGGCUUUCGCCGUGCGCUCUUGGACUCCAUGCGGCCAGAUCGCGUCGAAAAAUGUCCUUCUCCGAGUGUUCCGCCAAGACUCGAUCGUUGUUGGGACGGCCAAGGCCAUGGAGUCGCUCACGGUUCGAGAAGACAAUGGAACGUUGUCGUUCUUUCGAGCCAUGUACGUCACGGGGGCGUUGUGCUUUGCGGGAGGAGUGUUGUGGUCGUUGUUGAGGCACCGGACGCAACGUGACCAGGCGCCGACAUCGUACCAGCUUGUCCGAGAUGCCAACAUGUUGUAGAGAUUGUCACGAAAAGGUGAAUGACGAUAGGUUGUGAAUUCCUGCCAUUGAAUCGAGGAAUGGACCGACUUUGUGGCGGACCAGCAACUCUACGUCGACUUGGAACGCAUGAUGGGUUCACGAAUGUCACAAUGGUAGCUCCAGCUCUUUUAAUACGCACCACCGCUUCAAACUGCAGUGGCGAGUGGAGG